AUGAUCACUUUUCAGGUAUACAAGGCUGAGUGGAAUAGCUACACUGUGGCCCUAUCUACUUUGAACGAUCCCCGCCUGGAAGGCGAUUUCCAGCACAACGUUGCAAUGCAUCUGGAGUUGGGUGAGCCCCACUUAACGGUCGACUACUUGGGCUCUUGCGAGAACGCAUUAGUAACCGAGUUCUUUGAGCUGGGAUCUGCAGAAAAUUUGCCAACUUUAUGGGCAGGUCCACUACGGGAAUAUGCAACCGUGACACAGCGCCUGGCACUCUGCGUGAGCUACGUUGCCAUCCUGGCGCACCUUCACCGUAAUCACCGAGUCAUGUGCGAUUCAAACUGGCUUCCCAAGAUACUAUCCCAGUACCUGCUUCGAUCAGACCUAUCUUUGCGCGUCAAUGACCUCGAUGCUCUACCCAGUGCAUCCGGUGCAAAGGUGACCUGCGGUCGAGAACCUCUGCAAGGGGACCUGCUGGCUCCUGAACAGAGAACAGGCGGGGGAUGCGACACUCAGUGCGACACGUGGAAGGUCCCCGAUGUCUGCGUCUGGUUCUUGGGGAAGGGACGAGAGAGCGACGCCCUCAAGUUCCGUCUGUUUGAAAUCCAUCGGCGCUGCAAGGCUACGGAGCCAGGCCAGAGGCCCACCGCACAGCUCCAUGGCAACAGUUGUAUUUGA